UCCUUGGAUCCGCGCGUGGCAACGACGCGGCCGCGCAGCUCUCGGCCCAGGCCCGGGAAGGCCGCGCGCCCCGCCGCGCUCGCGGUCGCCCGGCUCCCCUCGCCGCGAGGUAGAGAUGAUGCAGAAUGUCCACUUGGCCCCAGAGACGGACGAAGAUGAUCUUUAUUCUGGCUAUAAUGACUACAAUCCAACCUAUGACACCGAGGAACUGGAGAAUGACACAGCUUUUCAGCAAGCUGUGAGAACUAGUCAUGGCAGAAGACCUCCAAUAACUGCUAAAAUCCCAAGCACAGCAGUUGCUAGACCUGUAGCUACUGGAUAUGGGUCCAAGACAUCCCUGGCAUCAUCCACGGGAAGACCAGUGACAGGGGCUGUUCAGGAUGGAGUUACUAGACCUAUGACUGCAGUGAGAGCAGCUGGUUUUACCAAAGCAGCUUUGAGAGGCUCUGCGUUUGACCCCCUUGGUCAGUCCCGGGGCCCUGCACCUCCUCUGGAAGCCAAAAAUGAAGACAGCCCAGAAGAAAAGAUCAGACAAUUAGAGAAGAAAGUAAAUGAGUUGGUGGAAGAAAGCUGUGUUGCUAACAGUUGUGGAGACUUGAAGUUGGCCUUAGAGAAGGCAAAAGAUGCCGGCAGAAAAGAGAGAGUCCUGGUGAGACAACGAGAGCAAAUUACAUCCCCAGAAAACAUCAAUUUGGACUUAACUUACUCAGUUCUUUUCAACUUGGCCAGUCAGUAUUCAGCUAAUGAAAUGUAUGCUGAAGCACUAAACACCUAUCAAGUUAUAGUGAAAAAUAAAAUGUUUAGCAACGCAGGACGGUUAAAAGUGAAUAUGGGAAAUAUUUACCUAAAGCAAAGAAAUUAUUCCAAAGCCAUUAAAUUCUACCGAAUGGCCUUAGAUCAAAUUCCAAGUGUCCAUAAAGAAAUGAGGAUUAAAAUUAUGCAGAACAUUGGAGUUACGUUUAUCAAAACUGGGCAGUAUUCAGAUGCCAUUAAUUCAUUUGAGCACAUAAUGAGUAUGGCACCGAGUCUGAAGGCAGGCUUCAACCUAAUCCUUAGUUACUUUGCUGUUGGAGAUAGAGAAAAAAUGAAGAAGGCAUUCCAGAGAUUGAUUGCUGUUCCACUAGAAAUUGAUGAAGAUGAUAAGUAUAUUUCACCAAGCGAUGACCCACAUACGAAUUUAGUGAUCGAAGCCAUAAAAAAUGAUCAUCUAAGGCAAAUGGAACGUGAAAGGAAAGCCACGGCAGAAAAAUACAUCAUGACAGCUGCAAAGCUCAUCGCGCCUGUGAUUGAAGCAUCCUUCGCUGUGGGCUAUGACUGGUGUGUUGAAGUUGUGAAAGCUUCUCAGUAUGUCGAGCUAGCAAAUGACCUGGAGAUAAACAAAGCAAUCACAUACCUGAGGCAGAAGGAUUUUAACCAAGCUGUAGAGACCUUAAAAAUGUUUGAAAAAAAGGACAGCAGAGUGAAGAGUGCAGCAGCAACCAACCUCUCAUUCCUGUACUUUCUGGAAAACGAAUUUGCACAAGCCAGUAGCUACGCAGAUCUAGCUGUGAACUCUGACAGGUAUAACCCAUCAGCUCUUACUAAUAAAGGGAACACGGUUUUCGCAAACGGCGAUUAUGAGAAGGCAGCCGAAUUCUAUAAAGAGGCUCUACGGAAUGACUCGUCUUGUACAGAAGCCCUUUAUAAUAUUGGCCUUGCCUAUAAGAAGCUGAACCGGCUUGACGAAGCUUUGGACUGUUUCCUGAAACUUCACGCGAUCCUGAGAAACAGUGCCCAAGUCCUAUACCAGAUAGCCAGUGUAUAUGAAUUGAUGGACGACCCCAGUCAAGCGAUGGAAUGGCUGAUGCAGCUGAUCAGUGUGGCCCCGACCGACUCCAGAGCCCUGUCUAAGCUGGGAGGGCUGCACGACAGCGAGGGGGACAAGUCCCAGGCGCUGCAGUAUUACUACGAGUCGUACAGGUAUUUCCCGUCCAAUAUUGAGGUCAUCGAGUGGCUCGGGGCCUACUACAUUGACACACAGUUUUGCGAAAAAGCCAUUCAGUACUUCGAAAGAGCUUCUCUCAUACAGCCUACACAAGUGAAGUGGCAGCUGAUGGUGGCCAGUUGCUUCAGAAGAAGUGGUAACUACCAAAAAGCAUUGGAUACUUACAAAGAUAUUCACAGGAAAUUUCCAGAAAAUGUCGAAUGUCUACGUUUCUUGGUUCGUCUCUGCACAGAUAUUGGAUUAAAGGAAGUUCAAGAAUAUGCAACAAAGCUCAAGAGAUUGGAAAAAAUGAAAGAAAUCAGAGAACAGCGCACAAAGUCUGGCCGAGAUGGCAGUGGGGGUUCCCGCAGCAGGAGAGAAGGGAGCGCUGGCAGUGACAGCGGCGGCAGCAAAGGGGAGCGACUCAGCGCCCAGCUCCGCGCCCUGCCGGGCGCGGGGGAGCCCUACGAGAGCUGCAGCAGCAAAGAGCUAGAUGCCUCCUAUGUGGACCCACUUGGCCCGCAAAUAGAAAGACCGAAAACUGCAGCCAAAAAGAGAGUCGACGAGGAUGACUUCGCUGACGAAGAGUUAGGAGAUGAUUUGCUUCCAGAAUAAUACAUAUUUUAAUAUAUUAUUUAUUAAAGGAAAGAAAUUGCCUUACAAGAUAAUACUCAUGUUAAACUUUGGAUUAAGUAUCCAAACGUUAACUUUGCACAGUCAAAACUUUGAAUAAGCAUAUUCUGUUGUGUGAGUGUGGGUUUAGUUUUUGUUUUAUAUUAAAUGGAAUAAAGACAUGUAAAACUAA